AGUACUGUGUAGCUCUAGUACCGCUUGCCAAACUUGCCGCCCGAGGUGAGAGAAGCAAGUUACAUGCUCAUCAGACCAUCACUACAAACAAUCAAGCCACCCCUCUCUCCCCCACACAUCCCCACAUUCUACCAGAUACAAUGUUCCGUCAGAGCAUCGUGAAGUCAGUCCGCCCCGUUGGCUCCAGGGCUGGAAUCAACUGCCGUCUGCCAUUGACCUCCGUCCGCACCAUGGCCGAGGGCGCUACCGGAUCUGGUGCCUCCCGACCUGGUGGAGAGCAUUCUGGUGAUGCUUUCUCCCGUCGCGAGAAGGCCAACGAGGACUAUUACGUCAGACAGAAGGAGAAGGAGAAGCUCUUGGGUCUCAAGGAGAAGCUCGCGGCCCAGAGGAAGCACCUCGAUGAGCUCGACAGACACAUUGAUGAGUUGACCCGGGAGCAGGGCGGAGAGCACAAUUAA